CUUUAUCUCGCCAGAGGCUGCCGAAUUACUGGUAUCAUGGAGAUUCCAGCCCCCAGGGUGCUUGGUGCUGCUCCCAAUGGCCCGAUAGUGAAGCGACAGAAGCUCGACACCAGCAGCCAGAAACGUACUGCACCGCUUGUGCAUCGAUCGAAGAUAUUUGCGCCCUUCCGAACUGUCGGCCUCGUUUCUCCUACAGAAGUGCCCUUCACCACUCUUCCUCUCGGGAAGACCACUUUCCAAAUCACCACCUCCGUGGGCAGAUCGCUCCAAACGUACGAUUUGAAGAAGGGCCUGAAUAUCGUUUUCAUUACAAGACCACAGACUCUAGAGAAUAUCACGGCAACUUUGGCAUGGAAACAAUUCGUAAUUGCAGCAUGGGGCGGUCUGGGCUCGAAAUCUGCACGUGGUGUGUGGUUGUUUCAGCGCGGAAAAAAGGUAGAUGAACUGGAACUGCCUAGGAGGAUGAGAGAGAACAUAACACAGAUCGUUGCGUUUGGUGAAUGGAUCGUCGGAUGCUGCUCCACUUCGAUCGAGAUCUGGAAGUCUACCACUUUGGAGCAUUAUACUACUCUUCACGGCGCAUCGUCAGCUCCACUCUCCGGAGGCAUCUGUACAAUGCCAACGUACCUGAAUAAGAUAUUCCUAGGCAGGGGUGACGGGUCUGUGGAGAUAUGGAACCUGAGCACCGCCAAGCUGCUCUACACGCUCCUCCCACCAACAUCAAACUUCGGUCCAGUAACGGCGCUGCAGCCAAGUCCAGCGUUGUCCCUCCUCGCAAUCGCCUACCAAUCAGGUCCCGUUGUCAUCCAUGAUGUUCGAAGAGACAAGGAAGUCUUGCGACUGAACAUGGGCAACUCGGCCAAAUUUCCCGUUACCUCGAUUUCUUUUAGGACCGAUGGGCUAGGAGCAGGUGAUGACGGCCGUAAAGAUGGUGUAAUGGCAACUGCAAGUACGCGCAGUGGCGAUGUGACAUUCUGGGAUUUAAACGAAGGGGGCCGCAAAAUGGGAGUCCUGCAUGGUGCUCACAAUCCCUCUCCAUCCGCAAGUGGUGGAGUUGGAGGAGGUGUCAGCAAAAUCGAAUUUCUUGCAGGGCAGUCGGUACUCGUCUCUAGCGGACUCGACAACUCUCUGAAAAGCUGGAUAGUUGACGAGACUCCGUUUUCACCAGUCCCGCGACCUUUGCAUGCUCGUGGUGGCCAUGCGGCCCCUGUUUCAACACUUCGCUUUCUCCCACCAAACUCCGAUGGUACAGAUGAUGCGGGUAAAUGGCUACUUUCCGCAAGUAGGGACCGAAGUCUUUGGGGUUGGAGCCUGCGGAGAGAUGGACAAAGUACCGAACUCAGUCAAGGAGCACUUCAGAAAAAAGCCAAAAAGAUGGGUCUUCUCAAUGGCAGUGGCUCAGAUGCCAAGCUUCAUACUACGUUGGAAGAUCUUAGGGCGUCGGCGAUUACUUGCAUUGCAUGCUCACUCAACCGUGAUGGUGGCAUGGGGACUAUUCCUGGUAAGACUGGAAUUUGGACUAAUUCGGCAAAGCUACCUGGGGAUAAGAAAGCUCGGGAAGCAAACAUGACUGGAUGGGAAAGCAUCAUCACUGGGCAUGAAGGAGAUAAAGUUGCCCGGACCUGGUUUUGGGGUCGCAAACGGGCUGGAAGAUGGGCAUUCGAGACCGGGGAUGGUACAGACGUUAAGAGUGUAGCAGUAUCCCCUUGUGGCACAUUCGCCCUGAUUGGAUCCGCCGGCGGCUCUCUUGACAUGUAUAAUCUUCAGUCUGGCAAACAUAGACAGAGGUUCCCUGCUCGGUUAACGCCAGCACAAGCUAAGAAGCUAAAGCUUCAACGGCUCGAACGAGACGUUGGUGUUCCAACAGCACAAUCUGAUGCAAAAACAGUGUUCGGAAGAGGAGAGGGGAAGCAUACAGGCGCUAUUACUGGCAUUGCGGUCGAUAGUCUCAAUCGCACUGUCGUCAGUUGCGGGGAGGACGGUAAGGUGAAGUUUUGGGACUUUGCAAGUACCCUUCUCCUUUACGAAAUGAACUGGUAUCCAAUGACGAGAAUUGUCGGCUUGAGAUAUCACUGUGCUAGCGAUUUAAUAGCACUAAGUUGUGACGACGGCUCUGUAAGAGUCGUGGAUAUUGAGACUAAAAAGCUAAUUCGAGAGCUUUGGUCUGCGACUUCUCAUGCUAAGAUCCAGAUCGUGGACUAUACGUUCUCUAACGAUGGGCGUUGGAUUAUUUCCGCUUGUUCAGAUUCCAUAAUUCGAAUUUGGGAUCUACCGACAGGGCAUCUCAUCGAUGCGAUGAAACUGCCGACUCCGUGUACUUCCAUUGCCUUCUCCCACACGGGCGAGUAUCUUGCCACUGCGCAAGAAGGCGAAGUCGGAGUGCAUAUCUGGACAAACCGUACACUCUUCACGCACGUCUCGACGCGCCAUAUAUCCGAGAACGAUAUCGCUACCAUCACUGCCAUUACUGUACCCACUACUUCUGGUGAGGGCGGUCAAGGCCUUAUCGAAGCAGCCGCUCAGGAGGAGCCCGAAGAGGAGCAACGGGAUGAAACUAGUGUUCCAAUCGUGGACCAUUUAGCAGAGGGUAUCACGACGCUCAGUCUCGUACCAAAAUCUCGAUGGCAGACACUCGUUCAUCUUGACAUAAUCCGGGCUCGAAACAAACCGAAAGAAGUCCCAAAGCCUCCUGAAAAGGCCCCUUUCUUCCUCCCUUCCCUUUCCGAGAAUCCACCCUCCACCACAACGUCGAAUGACAUCGCUCUCCCCAGCCAAGAGUCCACCUCAAGGGUAUCGGUCUCCGCUCUCGCAUCGAAGUCCACCGCUUCAACAGCCAUGAAUCAGUUCACGCGUCACCUCGCCCACGCGUCCGAGACAACAGAUUACACACUUCUUCUCUCGCAUCUCUCUUCGCUUCCUCCAUCCGCCGCUGACAUCGCUAUCCGCACCAUGGAUACUGUGGCUCCAUACACUGAGUUAUGUACAUUUAUACAAGCGCUUACUUCGAGACUCAAGGAGAGGAGGGAUUAUGAACUGAUAGAAGCGUGGAUGAGCGUCUUUUUGAGAUUGUAUGGGGAUGUUAUUGUUAAGGACGAUAUUUUAGUUAUGAAUCUCAGAGCAUGGCAGGAGGAGGCGAAGAGAGAACGUGAGAGGGUAGGCGGAUUGGUUGGUUAUAGUGUUGGUGUUGUGGGGUGGGUGAGAAGUGCACGAUGAGGCAGGCGAUACUUCAUCGCUUUGAUAUAAGCUUGAGGCUGAC